CGUUUUCUUAAAUAAAAAAAAAAAACACAUACUUUCUCUGUUUCAGUGUUUUGCAUUUAUUUUCGAUUUUUUUGUAACGUAAAGAAAAGGCAGAGAUGGAUAUCGGAGGAGAGUGGAGCUCGACGGAAAUUGUGGUUUGCGGAUUUUUUCAAUGACGGAGGUUGUUGUCAGAGAAUGCUUAAGCACGAGGAAGAAGAUUCGCCGGAGAAAUGCCGGGAGCGCCGGCGCCGGAGAAUAGAGAUGAGAAGGCUGGCGGCGAUAUCGGCUGCGAGUUCGCAGCCGCCGACGCCGAGCCAGAACCGGAAGGAGAAUCCUAACUGGGCGGAUUGCUCCUCUGCAGUGUCGAAGCGGAUUCGGACGGCGGAGAAUAGUGAUUUACAGGCUACAGCGGCGUCAUCGUCUUCGCCGUCGUCUUCAGGAGAUUACAGAGAGGCCUCGUCGGAGCCGGAGAGGAAACCGGUUUUCGGGACUAUGUCGGUGGCCGGAAGGUCACGUGAGAUGGAGGACGCCAUAGCCGUUAGGACCAGACUUUGCCGACCGGAGAUAAGUGGCCGGCGAUCAGUGCACUUUUUCGCUGUGUUUGAUGGCCAUGGAGGACCUCAUGUGGCGGCAUUGUGUAGAGAAAGGAUGCACGUGUUUGUGAAAGAGGAGCUGAAGCGCGUGGGACUCAGAGGAGAGAGCGAGAGUGGGAGUGGUAACAGAAGCUCCAAAGAGGAGCACGAUGAAGAAGAGGAGGAGGAGGAGGGAUUGGAAGAGAGGUGGAGGAGAGUGAUGAGGAAGAGUUUCGAGAGAAUGGAUGCUGUAGCAUUAAGCACGUGCGCCUGCGGGUGCGUGGGAUACAAGUGUGGGUGCCACCUUGUUGAGGUGGCGUUAGGUGGGUCCACCGCCGUGGUGGCACUUCUAACGCCCGACCACAUUGUCGUCGCUAAUUGUGGUGACUCACGCGCCGUCCUUUGCCGUGGAGGAGUCGCUAUUCCUCUUUCCCAAGAUCACAAGCCUGAUAGAUCAGAUGAACUGGCCAGAAUUGAAGCUGCUGGGGGUCGAGUCAUCUCUGUGAAUGGAGCUCGAGUUGCAGGCAUUCUAGCAAUGUCCCGUGCAAUAGGUCAAUCCUUGAAGCGGCCAGGUACAGUGCUGUUUUCUGAGGAGAACUUCCAAUACAAUGAAGUGGGGAUAAGUAUCUCAAACCAUUUGUAACAUCAGAGCCUGAGAUAACAUUUACAAAACGAGAACCAGAAGAUGAGUGCUUAAUCCUCGCAAGUGAUGGCUUGUGGGAUGUUCUUUCAAGUGAAUUAGCUUGUGACGUGGCACGGGAAUGUCUUCGAGAAGUAACUCCUGCUCCUGAUGCUGCAAUAGACCUCAAUUCUGGGCCUCGGAUAGAAGAUGAAGGGGCCGGUGCAUUGUAUCCAUCUCGAAGUGUACUUGCAGCUGCACUGCUGACUCGCCUUGCUUUGGGACGAAAGAGCUCUGAUAACAUAAGUGUCAUAGUUGUUGAUCUGAAGAAGAGCUGAGGGGAAAAUAGAAUAGAAAAGGUAAACUUAAUGUUGAUGGGAAAAAAGUGGGGUAAAAAAACAUGCACAGAUAUGUUGCAUUGAAGAAUAUUUGCCAUGAGAUAGAUGAAAAGAAUUUCAUUGCCUCUGCUGGCAUCAUUUGCUAUGUAUAUUGCAUUCUUUUUCUGUUCUGAUCAAUCACGGUUCUCCACAAAAUUGACUGUGGAAUGCUGUAGAGAAAUGUAUAUAUAUUGCAUUCUUUUGCUCUUCUGAUC